AUGGCCAACAUCUUCAACACGACAGAGUACUUUAAAAAGGCGCUAGAGAUUUGUGCCAAAGACACCAAGACGUUUUUGGCAAUGUACCAAAAGAUCAACUAUGAGUUGGGUCUGUGCUACGCUACGAGCGAGACACCCAUCUACGCAACUAAAUAUCUAGAAGCUUACCUGCGCAGUCUGCUGUGCGGACACUGCGCCACUCUCCAUGUACAUACAUCUGAUUGUCUGGGCACGUCACCUGCCGAGCCACUCAAGCAUGUCAAAGAGUGGGCUGGUGUUGCUGGCGGCUGUUUGCAGAUGGCCAAAACCAUGAAGACGUUGGGUGACGUGGAAUUGUGCGUAUCGUUUGCCAAACGCGCAUGCUACGCUGCUAAAAAGGUUGGUGACCGUGUACUCGAGAACGAGUCAAUCUUGCUGCUCAAUGAGACUAGCAAGGUACAACGAGAUGGUGGAGGGUUUGCAGUACCGGCGUUGCCAGCAUCGGCGGCCAAGCUAAGUCUCCAGAAUGCACUGUCUGGGAGUACAGGAAUGGGAAUCCCGUCAUCCACAUCAUCAUCGACAACGGUGACUGCCCCCGGACUAGGGUCACUCAAGCUGCAGCUGGGAGGUCAGUCGUCGAGCACCGCCAAGGACGAGGCAGACUCGACCACGGCCGGCUUUGAAUCGGACGACGACGAGGAUUGGGACGCCGAGCUCGGAUUGGACGUCGAAGGUGAGGACAGCCGUCCCGUACUCCAACUAGCCGGUCAGUCGUCGACAGUCGUCAACAAGGACCGUAUGCCAUCACACUACCGGCUCAUCGAGAGCAUCAACAACCAAAACUUUGAGAUUGUCAAGUACCCCAAGCCAUCGUACCUCUACUCGCUCACCACUCCCGACGGCCACUCGUUUUUGCACGAGGAAGCUCUCUCCAAGUGGCUGUCGAGCCUCAUCAUCAAGCACCUCGAGGGUCAGGACCGCGCCAUUCGCGUCCUACCACAACGCGCAUCGCUCGAGGAACUUCGUAACGAGUUUGCACAAGAGUCUGGCAAGUGGAAAAAGAACACUAAAAAGUGGGCACGUCUCAAUCUCGAGUUUUGCUGCACCCUCCAUAUCUUUGGAUACGACGAGCAGUGUUGGGACACUAUCCACGCAUUCUUUUUGGAUCUACGUGAUUCUGGCGCAUCAUCUCCAUUAUCUACAUCACGUGGAAAGUCUACCUCAACAACUACAUUGAUUCCUCCAAGUAGUAGUAAUCAUCAACCCAUUUCAUCAUCUCCUUUGAGACCAUCUGUUAAUCCUACUACCAAUCCAACUACUACAACUGGAACAACUAGUAAAACAUCUUCAACGGUACCUGCACCAAGUAUAUCAGUUACACCGACACCUAUUACCGCAUCAUCAUCCACCUCUCGUCAGAGAAUGUCGAUGGAGAUUGAUGAAAAGGAUGCCACCUAUCAUUAUGCAUUGCAAAUGCUCUAUUUGGCAGGAAAACUCUGGAAGCCCGAGGAAGACGCCUCCUUUAAGCAUAUGUUCCAGGGGCUCAAGAACCUGUCGGUCACCAACGCACACCAUGUAGAUAUUAUAGUCGCCGAAACCUAUUCACACCACCUGCACCACAAAUCAAGCUCAUCCGACGAUGACUCUGACAAUGACAGCGACAAGUCAGACUCUGACGAAGAGCCCGAGCUUCGUACCAGACCCGACGAGUUUGCUGGCAAUGAAGAAGAGAAAAUCAAUCCUCUCAAUAUCUUCCUCAGAUCUUACCAACAUUAUAUUAAUCAACAAAAUCAACAAAAUAAUAAUAGUAAUAAUACUCCAUCUAAAUCACCAAUAACUAAUGCUGCUGCUGCUGGAUCAUCAUCUUCUACUUCAUUUACACCAAAACCAAUCAAUUCGAUUAAAGAAUAUUUUGAAGUUGGAUUAAAGAAUGCAAUGGUACGUGCAUUGACAGAUAUUCAUUUACAUUUGAAUGGUAUAUCUCCAUUGACGACCAAGUCUCUUGGUGACCCUAUCAUGGAUGUUAAUGUACCAGCCAAUAUGACGGAUUUGUUGGAUGCCAACUACCGUAUGAAACUGUUGACCGAUUUGUAUCUAGACACUCCACCCACAUUCUUAAAGGCCAAGGCUGCCUAUGCGUUGGGUAUUCAUCACUCGGAUGGCAAUGAUUUGGUGUUGGCCGAAAAGUUCUUUUUCGAGACACUCUACAUUAUCGAUAAUAUCCGUCAACCUAUUGUUGGAUUGCCACCAGUACUCUCAGAGUUGGCUGCCAAUGCUUCGUUGGGAUACGCCGGUGUGCUACUCGACAACUACAAGUACCAAUACGCCAUUGUCAGCUUUGACAAUGCCCUUCUCAUCUACAACAUCCGUAAAAAGAAAGAGUAUGGUACACUGUUGCGUAGAGUGGCCGCGUUGGCAAGAGAAAACGAUGAUAUCAACGCUGCCAUCUACUAUUACAAGCAGAUCCUCAACAGCUAUCUCGAGGACGACCCACAGAGCAAGACCAACGAGAUUAUCUAUAUUUGCGAGGUCAUCAGCUCGCUCUACUGGGAAAAAGGAAACUACAAGCAGAGUGAGGAGUACCUCAAGGUAGUCUUUUUAAUCUUGCACAAGGGCAGCACGCCGCUUGGAGACAGUGGGUAUCGCGACACACCCAAGUUCGACAACCCUAUCUUUUUCAACCUGCAUAUGAAGCUUGCCAACCUCUACCUCGAAAGCUACCACAUUGAACGUGGUCUCGAGCUACUCGUCACUAUGCGCAAACAUAACCUCCCACACGGCAAGCUCAACUCGCUGCUCUUUUUAUUGGCCAAGGUGUAUACCAAGAUGGAGUGGUUUGAUGAGUGUACAGGUGUUCUCAAUCAACUCGAGAAUGACGAGUCGGGUAGCGGCAUCCAGACGAGUGGAAGUAGUCCGUUGGGAUUACCGUUGUUUGGUGGAGCUGCCAAAAGCUUUAACGCUGGUCCACCAGGUGGCAGUCAUAUCCCCAGUCCAUUGCACGCCAACCCGAUGAAGACAUCGUAUCAAGGUGGUAGUGGAAACAACAAGAUUGAACGUAACCUCAAGUACUGGGAACUCAACUGUCUCAACUACUACCACAGUAACAAGUUUGCAGAGGCACUUGUAUGUGUAGAAUGCGCAAUAGAGUCGUGUCCACUUGGUAGUUUGAAUGCACGUGGACAAUACUUUUACAUUCGUGGAAAGAUUCUCCAGAAACUCGUGUCAUUUGCCAAUGUCACAUUGAUCAACUUCCCCACAACACUACGUCCAACAUCUGAUGACCUGAAGGAGAUUGUCGAGACGCUCACCCCUGCACCAUCAUACACAUGUACUGGUGACCUCAUUCAAGAGGGAAUUGCAUCGUUUAAACGCGCCUAUCACUAUUUCAAAUCGAUUGGUGAUGAUGUCAAGAUUCAAAAGACAGUUUCACGUAUUGCCGAGGUCUACCUCGACCGUGUGUUUGCACCAUGUAUGCUGCUGCACUAUCCCUUUUAUGAUGUGGCCCGUCUGCCUUUCUUUGGCCCAUCCAAGUUUAUCCAAAAGGAUGGAGAGCAACAAGACGACCAAAAGAAGCGUAGUGCCAACAAACAACCCAAGAAACCAGCUGCCGAAACGCCCUCGAUCAACUCUGAGGUGAAAGAGUUUUACAUCACCUUUGAGAUGAUUGAGAACCCAGCUACACUGGCCAUGGACGUCAACAUUGACACGUGCAACAUUGUACAGCUACUCAAGAGCUACCUCAACAUGGCCGAGCUCAAGCUACUUCAGGGUGACCGCGACUUGGCCAUCUCAUACUGGACCGAAACACGCAACCUCUAUUAUAACCUCUUUUUCGACGGUCCGUUGCUAAUUGGUCGUGGUGCGCCUCUACAGUUCCUCAAGAAAGUGUAUUCAGUGGCCAAGCGUAUGAUCCGCUUCCUCUUUGCAUUUGAUCAAGAGUUGAUCAACAAGAAUUUAAUGUUGGUGGACAGUUACCUCUCGUUGGAGAUUGAUAUUUCGCAGGCAAAGAAACGUCCUAUCGACUUUAACAAACCAUUGUCAUAUGACUCUAAUCCACAGAUUGGCAAGAUCUACAUGCCCUAUCUUGGCAAGGCAUAUACUAUUGGACGUAACUUUAAAAAGACUGGUCGCAUGGAAGUGUCAUUGUCACUCGACAAGGGUGUCGAUGUCAUGUCGGGCAGUCCAACAGGCGCAAACAGCGCAGGCAACCGUCUAUCCGCCAAGAUCUCUAACCUCACCUUUACCGAAAAGACAAAGGAUGAGGAAAAGACCAUCAACACGGGUGACGAAGUAGGCGAGAAGAUCUGGGGAUCAUUCCAUGCCAUCAAGAAUGAAAUGAGAAAGUAUUCAAUUGGCAAGAUCAAUCAAGAAGAGUUGGCAUCACGCAACAAGCUGACUAUCAAGCAGAUCCUCAAGAUAUUAAAUUCUUACAAGAAUCAUCAACAACAAAACACCUUGCUCAACCAUAGUACUAGUACAGGUAGUUAUGGUCAUACUGGUGCAGGUUCACCUGGUUUGGCGGUUGGCGGAGUAUCUCCGUCUUUCCAAUCGGUCAACAGUUUGGCAACACUCUUUAGAAGCCAGACCAAGUUGAAUCUUUCACAGAUGGCAGAAGGACGUAACAGAACGCCAAGUAACGCUGGUAACAGUAGUGGAACGAUCAAGAACUUGUCAAACCGUUACGAAGAGUUGUCGUUUAAUAAUACUCCCACAAAGAUCAACGCAACGCUACAGAAAUUAGUUUACUCGCUACAGGUUGACAAUUACUUUAUCCAUUAUGUGCCGACGAGUGGACGCAAGAGAUUUAAUCGUAUUGGUGGAUCGGAAGAGUUGACACCACUGACUCCACCAACUAGCUUGCUCUAUCUCCAGAUUUACCUGUUGAGUAAUGCUACAGAGCAUGUGUCGUUUAUUGUGUCGUCAUUGAUCACACUCGAACGUAUUCUUAUGUUUUUGUGUAACCGUCCAUACUGGGCAUCGACGCCAUCUGCAGAAGACGCUGCCAAAAAGAAGAGUUUCUUUGGUUCGUUUAGCCGCUCAACCGGUAAUAACAGUCUAAAGAGCGCACCCAAGUUUAUGGAAAAGACUGUCAAUUUCCACAAUGAGUUGAUUGGAUUCUUAAACUCGACGAUUGGGCCACCACAGAGUGAUGAGGAUCAUCUAAGCGAUUCACCACCUCAAGAGCGUUCCGACAGCCAUCACCAUCACCCCAACCAUCAUGGACCGGGUACGCCGACCACUGGCGGGCUCGGAUUGGGCGGUCCGUCGCACCAGCACACCAAUACGCAUCCCAACCUACCACUGGCCCCAUCGCGAGGUGUCAAGUUGUCGCUCGACCCCGAGCAGAGAAGUGAAGACCAUGGUCGUAGUAUGAGUGUCGGUUCAGGAUCGGUCGCCAGAAAGGUAUAUAACCACCAACAGUUGUCAUUACUCUCGAUGGCCAAGCGUAUGGUCAAGAGCGAAGAUCCCGCCUACUCCAAGGCAUUCGUAUCGAUUGAUCAGUUGUCAACACAAAUCUGCAAGAUCUUUUCGCACCGUGAGAUGCGUGAGUGUUCAGAGCAAAAUCCAUUGCAAUUGUUCCUCUUUGUAAACUCUAAUGAGCAACGCAAGUCACUCACCUCACUCGACACACCCUCUGACAAGACCAAUGACCAAGCCAUCAAAUUCUCGCCAGAGAUUAUUGCAUCACUCGCACCACUACUUUCACUCGUACCUCCCAAGGAUCCAGCUCAAGAAGAUGCCGAACGUAACAAGAUUGUGUCGGAACUUAAAAACACAACCUUUGCAUCGUUGUUUGAAAUAUUGCCACUCGAAAAGGAGAAACAACCCCACCAACAACAACAGCAACAUCAACAAAAGAAGCCAACCAAGAGCUUUGUCUUUUUUGGAAAGGAGAGCAAGUCAGAGCAACCAAUCAUUCCAUCUACCAAUGUCUCUACCACCCCUCUCUUUUUUAUCUGCUCCAAGAGUCUACAGGUAUUCCCAUGGGAAUUGAUUAUUCCCGAUUUCAUUGUUCGUUACCUCACCCUCUACGAUUUGAUGAAAACAAAUUACAUUACAGAAAAUGACGAUGAAGAACCAGAUACUCGAUCAAUCCCUGUAUUUAUCAACUGUUGCAACUCUGUCACUGAUAAAUCUCACUUUAUCGAUCAUAUUAAAAAAGAUAAUUCUGUUAAAUUAAUGAAUUAUAAUUUAUUUAGUUGUACCAAUAAGUCAUCAAUUAAAUUAUUAAAUGAUAAUCAUCCAUAUCUUUCACCAUUAAUUAAAUUGGGAACCAAACCAAGUGUAGUUAGAAAAAAGAACAAAUAUUUGGACUUUUUCGAUCUUUCGGCAACAAGAAUCUCUGGCAUUACAAAGUUUAUAGAAGAUUUUACAGAUACUAUUCAUUUCCCUAUCCUUUUAUUUGCAUAUAAUGAUUUAGUAGAUUUAUCUCAAUUACCAUUAUUUAUUUUAAGGAAUAAACAAGCAUGUAAUGUAUUAUUUAUUCCAGCAUCAAAACAAAAAGAAAUAAUGAGUAGAUUAACAAAGAUAUAUGAUCUACAUUUGAAACAAAGUAUAAAGAAUUCUUCAUCUGCAAAUAUCCUUCAACAACCAUCUCAACAACAACAACAGCAUCAACAAAUUAGUGUACAAAAAGAACGUUAUCAAUUCCUUAUUUCAGCCAUUCAAACCAUCAAGGAAGAGUUUAGUACCCCAAUCGUCUUUUUCAAUCCAACCUUCUUUUAUCAACAAUAA